GAAUGAUUUCACAUUAGGACAAUUUGUAUAGUGAGACUUGAGAGUAGUGGCCAUGGCAAAAAAUGCUAAUGACUUAAUGGAGUACUUCUUCGAGAAUGACCAUGAAGGUAAUGUCGAGAGUAAAUCAAACACGAGUGGUGGUGAUGAUUAUCAUGAUGAUGAUGUUCAUGGUUAUGAUGAUGAUAAAGGUGGAGAUGAUUUUAGUGAACAAAAGUUGGCUUCCUCUUCCUCUUCUUCUCUAUUCUUCUCCCAGCAAUGGCCACAAAGUUUCAGGGAAACAAGUGACUCAUUCACAAUUGCUGCACCACCAAACGUAGGCCUUUUGAGGCGUGGAUCGAGCUCCACAGUUUCACCUUAUGAUACCAAUAAAAGGUUUCUUAACUCUGAUGAAAAGACACUUUUUCUCUCUGGAGCUUCUGUUCAUGAAAAACUCACGGGGGAGCAUCCUCUUAGCCACGGAUGUAGCUUCACACAAACGGUAAUAAAUGGGCUCAAUGUGAUGGCUGGAGUUGGGCUUCUUUCUACUCCUUUCACUAUAAAAGAAGCUGGCUGGGCUAGCAUUGUGGUUUUGGUUUUUUUUGCUGUUACUUGUUGCUAUACCGCGUCUCUUAUGAAGCAUUGUUUUGAGAGCAGAGAUGGCGUGGCAACUUAUCCUGACAUGGGUGAGGCCGCGUUCGGAAGAUAUGGACGCAUUAUCACAUCUAUGCUUUUGUUUACAGAAUUAUAUACAUACUGUGUAGAGUUUAUCAUAUUGGAGGGAGAUAAUCUCACAACUUUAUUUCCUGGAGCUUCCUUCAACUGGAAGGGUCUAAAUCUGGAUUCUACACAUUUAUUUGGACUUCUAACUGCUCUGAUAGUUCUACCAACCCUCUUUUUAAGGGAUGUUCGGUUCAUAUCAUAUCUUUCAGCCUGUGGUGUUGUUGCAACUAUAGCAAUUGUAGUUUCUGUAGCGUUACUCAGUGCUGUAGAAGGAAUUGGAACGCCCCGAACAGGUCACUUGGUGAAUUGGAGUGGCAUCCCAUUUGCUAUUGGUGUGUACGGAUUUUGUUAUUCUGGACAUUCUGUCUUCCCGAAUAUCUACCGAUCAAUGGCCAACAAAAAACAAUUCACUAAGGCAAUGAUCAUAUGCUUUAUUUUGUGUGUUGCACUAUAUGGGAGUGUGGCAGUAAUGGGAUAUCUAUUAUACGGUCAGAGCACGCUGUCUCAGAUCACUCUGAAUAUGUCGCCUGAUUCUAUUCCUGCAAAGAUUGCUGUGUGGACAACGGUUAUCAACCCUCUCACAAAAUAUGCACUUAUGAUGAAUCCAUUGGCUAGAGCCUUGGAGGAGUUGCUGCCAGAGAGAAUCUCAAGAAGCUUCCUGUGUUUUAUUAUGCUAAGGACACUACUUCUCAUUUCAACUGUUUGUGUUGCAUUUCUUCUUCCUUUCUUUGGCCUUGUGAUGGCUUUAAUCGGCUCUCUUCUCAGUAUAUUACUGGCGGUUAUAGUUCCGAGUGUGUGUUUUCUGAAGAUCAUGGGUAAGACAGUUACAAACACACAGAGGGCUACUAGUAUUGCAGUAGUGAUUGUGGGCAUCAUAUGUGCAGCUCUGGGGACAUACUCCUCUGUCUCAAAUAUAGUAAAGCAAUAUUGAUUGGAAGAUAUUAGAAAAGUUGCAAUUGUGUUUUCCGUUUUCCUAUCAAUGGCUCUCACCUUAUGUAAUAAUCAGGGCCGUCUAAUGAAUUUGGAGGCCCCGGUUCAAAAUGUAAAAGCGGGGCCCCAAGUUAAUAUAAAAAAUUAUAUGGGGCCCCUUCAAUCGAAAUAUUUAUACUCAAAUCAAUGGAAUACUCAUUAAAAGAGAACUAAAAGAGUAAAAUGACUAACGAAAAAAUGAUGUAUCUAUAUUAAUAUUAAUAUAAUUACUAAUAAUUUUUUAAAAUAUGGGGCCCCUUAAAUCUGGGGGCCCUGUUCUGGAUAACCUAUUAAACCCCCUAAAAAACGGCCCUGGUAAUAAUAGAUGGCUAGAUCCAUCAUUAUUGUCCAACUUACAAAAAUAAAAGUUAAACCUCCCCCCCUAUGGAGGUCUAUUAAAAGUAUUAUUGAAGUAAAAAUUAUUUACAAUAGUUAGUGUCCUAUAAUCUUAAUCACUUGUGUAAAAAUUGAAUUUGAGCUAUUAUGACGAAAUACGUACUAUAAGUCUAUAAUCACUAUAGGAAAUCAUAUAUUGUGUCAACCACAUUUAUUUUAGCCAUGCAUAUGUAUUAUUUCUUUUAUCUAUAUAGUAAACUAUUAGGCUGUAAAAAAUUACUAGUAUUGUACCCGUGCGAUGCACGGGAUUAAUUAUUUUGCAUAUUAAAAAGCAAAUUUAUUGACCUAUUACAUGUAUCAUAAAUAUACACAUAAACAUAAUAGUAAUCUUGUUAACAAAAUUAUACUACGUAUCAGUUACUUUUCUUGGUAGUUCAGGAUGGUUAACAACAUUUUUAAUGCGUGUUUAUAAAGAAAGUUAAAAUCCUUUAUUUGGAUUACUAAAGAAUUUCUUAUACCACAUUAUUUACAUCUCAAUUACAUGCACUCGAAAGAGUAUUUAAAACAUGGGGAAUGUAGAUGCAGUUAAAUAAUUGUGUAACUCAUAUUUUCAAUAUUUAUAUGCUUUUGUUGGAACACUUGUUGUGAGUACAUUUAACUCAUAUAGUAUAUGUUUAAAAAUUGGGUGAUAGAGUUUUAAUAUAUCAAAGAUGUUUUAUCUUCAAUAUAUGUAUUGAAGACACAAAAUACUAAUGAACAUGACUACUGAUACAAAUCGUAUAUGAAUCAAAGUUGAUAUGAACAAAAAGUAAAAGCAGACCACAAAGCACCAAUUGCUUUAAAAGUACAACAUAUGAAGUCAUAAUAAUUCAAAUUUGGAAUUUUCACUUAUCUAGAAUACUUAACUAUGAGUUGAAUUGAAAGUGUUAUGUUUGUUUCCUAACAUUAUCAAAAUUUAAUUUCAAAACGAACACCACACACAAUAUACAUGUAUAGCAUCGAUCAAGCAUUUAAGCCAAAUGUUACUCUAAACAGAGUAAUUAAUAGUCCAUUAAAAGACCAAACAAAAAUAAACAUUAGAAUUUGCUACAACAUCUAAGGAGCUCAUUUAUAAUUUGGGAAAAUGGAAACUAAUAAUCCAACCUUUUAGCAGUCUUUUUACAAUAGUCUUACUUUUUCAUUAUUAAAAAAUAAUCCAACAUUUGCACCUCAUCUU